UGAAUAUAGGAUAAUAGUGAAUAUCAUAAGAACCUUUUUUCUCCGGAACACAACACGGAAUUAAAAUCGCGUCGUGUCACCGUGAGUGGGCGGAUCGAUAAACAAAACUUUUCCGUUCGCGGGAAGUGGUGCGGAGUCGAAGUUGAGCUAAAAAGCGGCCUGUCGUCGUAGAGUCCUCCGUUCCGGGUUCGCAAGCAGCUUAAAUCAAGAUCACACGGGUGAAGCAGUAAACGCAUCAUCAUGAGAUUCCGCUUCUGCUGGGACGCGGAUUGCCCCGACUGGCUCCUGGCCGAGAUCGCCGCCCUCGCCAAGAUGACCUCCGUGAAGCUGCGUCUCCUCGUGGGCCACGUCGCCAAGGCCAUCCCCGGCCCGCCGCUCAGCUACGAAGUGGUGGAGAAGCUGACAAAAGACGCCAAAUUGGAGAGCAGCGAGGCCAUGGCGGCGGUGGCGGCGGUGCGCUGGGUGCUGGAGCGCGCGGGCGGGGCGGGCGUGGGCGGCCCCGUGCUCGACUCGGAGCUGCAGCAACUCGGGCUGCCCAAGGAGCACGCGGCGGCGCUCACCAGGGUCUACUCUGAGCACCAACCCCGCCUUCGCCAGGCCCUCCGGCAGGCCAGUCUCAAGGAGGGCGGCGAUCCCGAGUGGGCGUGCGACGUAGUGGGCGUGAACAUGGGCGGCCGGACCGAGGCGGUGGCACAGUUGACUCUCGACCGCCACGGGGAAGGAAGCAAGAUCGCUCUCUCGCCCGACCAGCUCCUCGUGCUCAUCCAUGAGUUGAGCGAAGCCAGGCAGAUAAUGGAGGCGAUUAGCUGAUCAGGAGGAAGCAGUGAAAAGAAAGAAAAGAAAAGGAGGGCGAGAAACAUGAAAAAGAUAGAAGUAAGAGAAAAUAAGAAAGAAGGAAAGAGCAUCCUUACGUGGGUAUCUCUUUCCCUGUGUCUCGUCCUCGCAGUCGCCCUCCCACGAAUGCCUGAUUUGCGAAAUAUUUCCGUGUUUCCAGGUGGAGGAAUAAGGAUUUGCUGAUAAACAGGAACUAAAUCAAUUCAUGGAAUUCAUCUUAAUAAAUUAUAGGCUAGACGUG